AUGUCUAGUCCUUGGGGCACACCAACUUGUCCACGAUGCCAAAAGUCCGUUUAUAUGGCUGAACAGGUAAUCGGGCCCAAUGGACCUUGGCAUAAGGCCUGUUUGACUUGUAUUGACUGUAAGAAACGCUUAGACUCUUAUACUCUGGCAGAGCAUGAGGGGGAGGCUUAUUGCAAGAACUGUCACGGACGUCGGUUCGGUCCAAAAGGCUAUGGUUUCGCCUCAGGAACGUCAUUCCUGAAUACAGAAAAACCUGCCUCCAAACUUGGUGUUGAUCCGACUUCUCCCACAACACCCAUCGAGAGAUGCGCUUCUCCGCCCACCUCUCCGAGAUCCAUGUCGCCUGCGUAUAGCAUAUUCAGUUCUCGAUCGCAGUCCCCUCGUGGCAAUUCUCGAAGGUGGAGUGCACCAGCAACUAGCGAUAUGUGCCCCAGAUGCAACAAACCGGUGUAUGCUGCAGAGGCUGUGUUGGGUGCAGGAGUGAAGUAUCAUAAGUUGUGUUUAAGAUGCAGUAGUUGUAGUAAGUUGUUGGAUUCAACUAACAUGACUGAUCGAGAGAGUAAGAUUUAUUGCCGUGGGUGUUAUUCAAAGGAAUUCGGUCCAAAGGGAUACGGAUAUGGUCAAGGUGCGGCAUUCCUCACUACGGAAGGAACAGCCAGGUGA